AUGAGAGUACUCUUCAUAACAACCCUGUUCUUGGCUUCGGCCACCGCCUUCUUGUUCCCAUCGUCAGGUGGCGGAGGCUGUGGAUGUGCACCACCACCACAACCAUGCUGUCCACCCCCACCACCACCAUGUUGUCCACCUCCACUCCCACCACCACCUCCACCCCCACCACCAUCGCCAUGCGGCGGAGGCUUCGGCGGCGGCGGUGGCGGCGGUUGCGGCGGAGGCUGCGGCGGAGGUGGCGGUGGAUGCGGCGGUGGCUGCGGAGGAGGUUGCGGAAAGAAGUAA